CUGCGGCAUCUGGUCUAGCAUUCAUCAACCCAUACAAGAACAGAGAAGCAGAAUUCAAGAAUGGAGAUAACUUUGCAACUGCAGGAGCAACUGCUCUACCAACACAAUUUUUACAAUCCAAAAAUAUUUCAUCUCCAAUUACUACUACUUCUCUUGAUCUACAACUUGAUCUCAUGUUUACUCACUUCAACUCUAUUUGCCUCACAGUUCUUGACUUUUCUGCCCUCUUAGAUUGCAUACAAUUGCUUAAAAACUCACUCUUCAUGGUGGGUGAGAUUGGCAUGAACGACUAUAGCUAUGCAUUAUUGCAAGGCAAAUCAAUCCAAGAUACAACAAAUCUUGUCUCAGAUGUUGUUUAUGCAAUUCAGAAGGCUAUUAAUGUAAGUUAUUUAUUGUCACUGGUGAUCGAAUUCGGGGCGGUUCGGAUAGUUGUUCCGGGUAUUUUGCCACUUGGUUGUCUACCGGCUCUCCUCACUAGGUUUGAAACCAAGGAUUCCAAAUCAUAUGACAAAUUCCAAUGUUUGAACUAUCUAAAUAAUUUGUCACAAUACCAUAACUCUGAAUUGCAAAAAGCCAUUCAAGAAGUGAAGAAACAAAAUCCCAAUGUCACGAUUUUGUACGGCGAUUAUUACAACGCUUACAUCGCCAUUUUGCGCAACGCGUUGCACCUAAAGUUUGAUGUAAAGAAUUUGCGAAAAGCAUGUUGUGGGAUUGGAGGCGAAUAUAAUUACGAAUCGAACCAAACAUGCGGGGCGCGUGGAGUUCAUGCGUGCGCUCAGCCAAGUAGCUACGUAAGCUGGGAUGGGAUCAAUUUAACUGAAGAGGCUUAUGCAAAUAUUGCUCAGUCACUCAUUGCAGAUAUUUUACCCAAGCUCAACUGCAAGCCCUAA